UCGAGUACCGAAGUACAAUCAAAAAUUAAAUUAGUUGAAGAUGCGAUAAAUGGAGAGGAGUGUUGUUUGGUGUGUUUUUUUUACAUUUUUUUUAUUUUGGUAAUUUUUUAAUCGAUGUGAUAAGUGAAUUAAAAUGAAUUUACACUUAAUUAUAAUGUAAUCAUUCGCGAUUUCAAGUUUUGUAAAUGUACCGUAACGGAAUUUAUAUUGUGUAUUUGAAGUUCGACGCUAACGUGAAGUGAAUUUGUGUUCUAUUUUGUGUUUUUGAAUGUUGCACGGAGAAGAACUAAACUAUCAUUUCACAAGCUCGCCGAUACAUUGGAAUGGUGACUUAGUUAUUAAUCCCUUUAAAAUACGUUCGUGGUUCCGUUCGUAUGAUGUAUAAUAGCGGGCGCGACAGCGGCUAUUGCGAAAAUGCGAAUUCGAAUUUUGGCGAUGCCGCCGGCUCAUCGGAGAAAACGCCAUUUUUCAAUUCAAAAACACCAUCCGCUGUACCGCGAUGUGCCUCUCUGGAUGCUGAAAAAUGUAUACCCAGCGAAGAUGUACAUCUGAUCAUUGCUGAUGAAGGAAAAUGUAGAGAUCAUCGAAUCACCGGAUCUUCGUGUAGAGCCCUGAAGCACGCGGUUUCCAAUUUGACUCGUCUAGAUGACUUCAUCUGCGAAAAAAUUGGAGAUGGAUUUUUCUCCGAAGUUUAUAAGGUGACGCAUCGAGUUACCACCGAAGUAAUGGUGCUGAAAAUGAAUUUACUGCGUUCGAAUCGAGCCAAUAUGCUGAAAGAAGUGCAACUAAUGAAUCGACUUUCUCAUCCUAAUAUUUUAAAAUUUAUGGGCGUAUGCGUUCACGAGGGUCAACUCCACGCACUUACCGAGUAUAUCAAUGGAGGAAGUUUGGAGCAACUGAUACAGUCGUCGCAGGAGUUGACAUAUUCGGUGCGGAUGAAAUUAGCUUUAGACAUUGCCAAAGGAAUGCAGUAUUUACAUUCUCAGGAUGUCUUUCAUCGUGAUCUCACUUCUAAAAAUGUUUUAAUUAAAAAAUCAGAAGACUGUCUAGAAAUGACUGCUGUAGUGGGUGAUUUUGGAUUAGCAGCUAAAAUACCAAAAUCUGGUAUACGUUUGCCAACGGUUGGGUCACCGUAUUGGAUGUCGCCGGAAUGUUUGAAAGGCCAGUUUUACGACGAAAGAAGCGACAUUUUCAGCUACGGAAUCGUGCUAUGUGAAUUAAUCGCUAGACUGGACGCUGAUCCGGAUAUUCUUCCUCGAACUUCCAAUUUUGGUUUAGAUUAUUUAGCAUUUGUUGAAAUUUGUUCUCAGUUACCGAAACCUCCGCCACCGGAAUUCUUAAAACUCGCUUUUUCAUGUUGCAAUUUAGAACCAAAGAAUAGGCCACUUUUUGCCGAUAUAGCCAAAUUAUUAGAAAAAAUAGUCAAACCGGUGAAAAAUGCUUUUUUAGCGAAUGGAUGUACGUUAACGGAAGCCAGAAGCGAAGAAGUUCUACCUUGUCCAUCACCCACGCCGAGUAUACUUUCCGAAUCGAAGAAUAGCCAUAGAAAAUUGGUUCAUCGAAGAUCUUUGUCGGAAGAUAUUGGCUUGAUCGUGUUCCCCGCAGUGACUGCUCCUUCGGAUAAAGCUCGAUGUCAUUGGUUGUCUCAUUCGUUAUGUCAACCGCCAUUGAAGAGAGUCGGCGAGAGUAUGUGCCAAGAAGAUCCGCAUUAUAAACCAACGGAACCUAAAUCGAACCCUUUCGCUGCACUUUCCAAACUAAAAGGCGUCAAGAAAAUCUUGGCGCAGACCAAUUCGACUGAUUUAUUUUCUUCUUGUUUCGAGUUGCCGUCGCCUUUUCACGGCGCCGACGAAAGGAAACCGUCUUUUUACGCGGAUAUCGAAUACGGAACGAAAACCAGCACGUUAGACGUUGUCGAUAGCAAACAUCGCGCCCAGUUACCAUACGCAAAUGAAAAGUCUUCCUCGUAUCGUCGUAAAUCGGCCGAAGAUAAACCAAACUGUGUACGCGAAUGCGUCAAUUCUUCUAUUGUAAUCGAACCUGUCAUCAAACCGUCCGAAAUUAAAAAAUGUUCUUCCACUUCGAAUAAAUUCAAAUCGUCUUCCAAUAACAAAGAGAAAACCAUUAAGGAUAAGAGAUCUAGUAAAACCAACAGCGGCGACGAACUCGACUGGCAAAGUCGCGCGAAUGCUUCGCCGGUAUCUUCCUCGUCGUCUUCGUCGUCUUGUAAUACGUCUUCGGCUACGCUACGUUUGAAAGAUGAUCAUAAAUCCAAGAACGACGCAGCCGUCGAACGAUUCGAUAAACUUAAACCGUCGUCGUUACCUUCGUCGCCUACGUUUUGCAGAAAACGAGCCACGUUUUCGAACGGAUCAACGUUCAAAUAUCCUGCGGAAGAAAUUGCUCCUGCGACGUGCGCAGCUGAUUCGUAUUCGAAGAAAAUUUGUUCAUCUUUAUUCCUACACCCGUUGUAUAAAUCGAGAGGUUGUUUGACUGAUUUACUGGCCGAUUCGACGAAUUGUGGAAACGUCCUGCGCAGCUGUUCGUCUAGUUCAAAUAUCAGCGUGUUAGAAGAGUGUUCAAAUGUUGUGUUUUUACCUACGGCCGAAACGCAAGCUUUAAAUUUACGUCGUAGAGGAUCCUGCGAAUCCGGAUUCUACAGCAGCGUUGGCGAAGAUUUCUGCGUGCCAGGUAUUGAUGUUUGCGUUGGACAUCACCACUAUACGGCUUCCUCUGUAACCUUAUCGUCUUCGUCGGCUGCAUCGUCUUUGUUUUUAGAUUCUAACAGCGAAGAUAAUUCGACGCCGGUUUACUUCAAUGGACGAUAUCCUUGUACGAUGCAUCAUCACACAGCAUCGUCCGUGUAUACCGAUAGUUCCGAAGAUGUUUCUAGUUUGGCCAGUAGUGAAACUCCAAUUUGGGAUGAUAAACAGAAACCGCAACAUAUCAGUAAGAUAGUCGAGUAUUUCGAAGGCAAGCAAACAAACUUAGGAAAUUCGCCGUUAAGUCACAAAUGGGAUUUUUUCGAAUCAUCCAACAAAAUAUCCAGUUUACACGCGUCCAUUCGAAGGAAUUGGAUUCAGGGAGAUGGGCAACCUGUGACGAAGUCAUCUUUAGACUACUACACAAGAAGAAAGUUAUUCGAAAAACCCUUCACCGGAGGAUCGCAUGUGUUAUCGAAACGAUCCGCCAAUCAACGUUUGUUAAUUUGCGAAGGCGCCGUUAAAUCAAAAUUGCCUAUUUUUGAUAAAAAAUAAUCUACUACUAAUUGAGAAGUAUUUAUUUAUUACAUGGAAAUAAGACUUGUUAUUAAGAUGUUUCUUUUCUUUUGUCUUUUUUUUUUUUUUUUCGUUUAAUUAAUUUCGUAGGAGAAAGGCUGCUGACAGGUUUUGUACUUUUACUUAAUUUAUGAUUUAAAAUUGUUCCACUAAAGUAUGUAAUUUUGGUUAUUUUUUUUUUUUAUAAAGAAAAUUUUUCUUUAGUCAAAUGGUUAGUCGAAUUUGUGAAAAUUUAUUCGUACGUCGUCAAUUUAUGUAGGUAAUAUACUUAAUUGUUCAAAUUUAAAUUUUGAGCGAACGCAAUUUAAAUCGGUGUAUCAUUCCAUUAAAUUUAUGGGAAUAUAAAAUGAUUUUUAUAAUCGUUUUCUCGACGCAAUUAAUAUAUAAAUUAAGUCUCUUUUUUUUUCUAAUUAUAACUUUCAUAAAUAAUUUGUUACGAAUGAUGGAAGAUUCUAAGACUAGUAUAUUUUCAAUUAAUGCUCCCUCAUUCAAUGAUGAUUAUUAUUACUACUUGGCGUAAUAUUUAAAUACUUUCAGAUCCAAAAUAUGCGAAAUGGUCGAGGGUCUAGUCAUGGUAGAAGUUUAUUUGUUACCAUUUUCUAUUUUGUAAUAAACCCCUACAAAAACGUCCAUAUUCAUUAAAAUAAAGAAUUAUUUUUCUUUAACGCCGAUUCCGUGCCAUUUAUUUAUUGGAAGGCGUUUAUGCUCGUGUAUUGUGCAUUUCUUCCUUUAAAAAAAUUAUAAAUUUAAAUGAAAUAAAAAAAAAUUCAAUCAAGGAGCUUUGAAAAUUUAGUCUCUGAAUUUUAACUAAACGCUCAAAUUUUUCAUUUCUUCUGUGUUUUUCUACGUAUAAAUUUUUAAAUCGAAUGUAAUAUUUUUAUUGUGUCAUUACAUUAAUAUUUUACUUUUUUUUUUUUUUCGUUAGAAUUGAAUUUUAUUGUAUUAACUGUAUUAAGUAUCAAAACGCUUACCAAAAAUAAUUUGUCUCGAAUUGACUGACGUUUUUAAUGUGUUUUUUUUUCUUUUUUCUUUGGUUUAUACUUGUGUAUAUUCAUUGCAACGUGUGGAAUAUUUCGAACCAUUUUAGUUUCUAGUCAAAUUACUAAAAUAAGGAUUUUUUUAAACAAUUAUUUCUAUUUUGGCGAUUAUUUUUUACGAACUUCUUUUCUGUUUUUCUUUAUUAAAAAUUGUACAUUCUCAAUAGCAUUGUAAGUCGAGUAAUAAUUUAUUCAAAUUUUGUAUGAUUAUUAUUUUAAAUUCAGUAUUUAAUAUUUUACGAUCGUAAGAUUUUCUUUUACAUGAUGUUAAAUUGUAAUUAAUAAAUUGAUUUUAAACAUUUGUCUCAUACCUA